AUGGUGGAGAGGGAUGAUGAAAAAGUUGGUGAUGACGAAGUAUAUUGUGGGCCCGAUGGAGAGGACGAAGAAGGUACUUAUGAGCAUGAAGAGUACAUGUGUGUUGUGAGGAAGCUCAUGCUAUCUCAAAGAAGUAAAGAUGACAAACAACGACACCGGCUGUUUCGCACUAGCGACAGUCAGGAAAAUAUUAUCGACAGAGAUGUGGUGAAGAAACUGCAACUAAUUCCUGAUAAACACCCGAACCCUUACACGAUUGGUUGGAUCAAGGAAGUCGGGGGCAUACAUGUGGAGGAACGCUGCAAGGUUCCAUUCUCUAUUGGUAAGUAUAUUGAUGAGGUUUAUUGCGAUAUUGUGGAUAUGGAUGCUUGCCAUAUUUUGCUUGGUAGGCCUUGGCAGUUUGAUGCAGAUGCCAAACACUUGGGUAGGAAGAACACAUACCAGCUUGAGAAAGAGGAUAUGCGCUAUACACUAUUACCUAUGGUGGAAAAUAACCAAACAAAGACUUCAAAAGUAGAGGAGAGGAAUUUUCUUACCAUAACACAUCGCUACUCUAAGUUUGUAAGGGAGUGUAAAGAUACCCACGAGGUCCACUUACUGGUUAUAAAAGGAGAGAGUAUGAGUGAACCACUAGGGGAGAACAAAAUUCCAGUGGAAGUGCAAGGACUGCUCGACGAGUUUCAUGAUGUAGUUCCUGACGAGUUACCUAAUGAGCUUCCACCCAUGAGAGACAUUCAGCACCACAUUGAUUUUGUUCCUGGUUACGUUGUAAAUAAGGAUGGAACUAAAGUGGAUGAGGAGAAAGUGCGAGCCAUUAGGGAGUGGCCAACCCCAACAAACGUCACUGACGUAAGGCAUUUUCAUGGGUUAGCAACUUUCUAUAGGCGGUUUAUCAAACACUUUAGUAGUAUUGUAGCUCCUAUCACUAAGUGUUUGAAGAAAGGUAAGUUCCAAUGGGGAGAGGAACAAGAGCAAAGUUUUGCCCUAAUAAAAGAGAAGUUAUGUACCGCUCUUGUCUUAGCACUGCCAAGCUUUGACAAAUUAUUUGAGGUUAAGUGUGAUUCUAGCGGAGUGGGCAUAGGGGCUGUGUUAUCACAAGAGAAGAGACCAGUUGCUUUCUUUAGUGAGAAUAUAUGUGAAGAUAGAAAGAAGUGGUCCACUUAUGAUAAAGAGUUUUAUGCUGUUGUGAGAGCAUUGAAGACUUGGGAACACUAUUUGAUUGCUAAAGAAUUUGUCCUCUACACCGACAAUCAAGCUCUUAAGUAUUUAAGUAAGCAAAAACAGUUGAGGAGUGAUCUGCAUGCUAGGUGGUCUGCUUUUAUUGAUAAAUUUCCAUACAAAAUUGUGUAUAAGGCUGGACAACAGAAUACAGUGGCAGAUGCUUUGAGCAGGCGUGUGGCCCUGAUUAAGACUCUCAGUAUCGAAAUUAUGGGCUUUGAAUGUUUGAAAGAUCUGUACGCCUAG